AUGCGCAGGAACAGCCGGGCAGUAACCGAGGCCAUGCUGCUGCUGCAGCGAGUCAAAACAGCUACAGCACAAGGAUGUACCGUUUGCAUAAUGCUAGCAACCACCAAAAACAGCCACAGAACAGUCCAGUUUGAAAGAGACUUCCAGGAGUCACUGAACUCAACCUUCUACCCAAAGCACAGGUCCAGCCCUGGGCAGCCCAACAAUGGCCCCUUCAAAAGUCACAACAGAAGUAAAAUAUCACCAAUCAAUUGCAAGAAAAGGUUCUUAGUUCUGACAAAAUCAAACAAUUCUGAUUAUGAAUUUGACAUACGAAGAGAAGGGGGGCCAAUUAGGAUUGAGAAAAUCCAAUUUGUUAGGAUAGUGAAUAUUGAGGAAACAAUACCUCCUGCAAGACAAUAUUCUUUUCAGCCUCCCCCUGGAGCCUCCAUCAAUCCCAAUUCCAUGGGCAGUGGGACAAGCAGAUGUGGAAGUGAUCACAGACUCCUUGCUGGAGUGAUAGAGUGCCCCACACGAGCAGCCUACACCUGUGAUGCAUCACCUUAUCAUUUAUUUCUUCUCUCUUCAAAAUCAGAAGUGCACAUGCCUGUCCUGCCCCAGGGGCUGCCACCAGACAAGUCAGCCCUGAACAUGGCUGUGGCUUAAUGCAGCCAUGAACACAGAGGAAAUUCAGCUAUGCAGCUUGUCAGAAGCAAUAAAUCCUGUGCAUCACAAGGAAAUCAUUCUGACUGGUGGAAAUCAGGGAUUUGGAAGGGCAUAUCUGGUGGGAAUGAAGGAUUUGUACCAAGUACUUACUUGAGAAAGCUGCCUUGGAAUGAUGAUAAGCCAAGGGGAGAAUUCCAGUGUCAGCGAACUGAAGAGCAGAGAAUUGCUAAGCAUGAUUGGUAUGCAGGUAAUAUCUCCCCUGCCCAGUCUGAACAGCUGCUGUGGCAGAAGGCUGCUAAGAACUAUUUGAUUGACAGCAAACUUACUGUGAAAGAAUCUGACCUUGGGAUGACAAGGUGUGUUCUGGAUAACCCGUGUAUAAGUUCUCUAGGAAUCAAGUUUCCAGUGAAGUGCUCAGCACCAGGAGUUUUCCAUCACACCAAACUUAGCAGCAGAUGCACGGUUUGGUUUGAUGUCUUAAUGUGGGACGUGUUCACUUUGGGAAAGCAGCCCUAUGAGCUUCAUGGAUUGCAGAAAGUUUCUCAAGGAUACAGACUUUACAGACCACAGCAGGUUUCAAACAUCACCUACCAGAUAACAGACAACUGCUGGUGUGAAUGUCCUGAACAGCCCCCUGCCUUUUAUCAGCUGUUGCCAUUCUUUGAGGCAUUGAGAGAAGGCAACAGAGCUUGA